CGGGCCGGGCCGGGCUCCAGUCGCGCUUGCAGGCCGCGGACCCCGCAUUCUCCGCGCGUCCGGCCGCCGCCCCCGCAGGCUCGCGCCGCCGGGCCCGACUCCGAGCGUGGCGGCGCAGCCUGUGGCCUGAGGCCUGCCCACCUGCCCACCUGCCCACCUGCCCCGCGGCGGACUUCCUGCCAGCCAGUCCAGGCCCGGCGUUGAGGGUGCUGACAGCCCUCCAGGAUGGGGGAGUUCAGCGAGAAGAACGCCACAUGUGGCACCGUCUGCCUCAAGUACCUGCUGUUCGCCUUCAACUGCUGCUUCUGGCUGGCUGGCCUGGCUGUCAUGGCCGUGGGCAUCUGGACGCUGGCCUUCAAGAGCGAUUACAUCAGUCUGCUGGCCUCGGGCACCUACCUGGCCACGGCCUACAUCCUGGUGGUGGCUGGGGUGGUCGUCAUGGUGACCGGGGUCCUGGGCUGCUGCGCCACGUUCAAGGAACGCCGGAACUUGCUGCGGCUGUACUUCAUCCUGCUGCUCAUCAUCUUCCUGUUGGAGACCAUCGCUGGCAUCCUGGCCUACGUCUACUACCAGCAGCUGAGCACGGAGCUCAAGGAGAACCUGAAGGACACCAUGACCCAGCGCUACCACCAGCGGGGCCAUGAGGGCGUGACCAGUGCAGUGGACAAGCUGCACCAGGAGUUCCACUGCUGUGGCAGCAACAACUCCUACGACUGGAGGGACAGCCGGUGGGUGCACUCCGAGGAGGCGGACGGCCGCGUGGUGCCGGACAGCUGCUGCAAGACUGUGGUGUCUGGCUGUGGGGUGCGGGACCACGCCUCCAACAUCUACCGGGUGGAGGGCGGCUGCAUCUCCAAGCUCGAGAGGUUCAUACAGGAGCACCUGCGGAUCAUCGGUGCCGUGGGCAUUGGUAUCGCCUGUGUGCAGGUCUUCGGCAUGAUAGCCACGUGCUGCCUGUACAAGAGCCUGAAGCUGGAGCACUACUGACUCCGGCCCGCACCUCGCCGCCGCCGCCCCACUACUGAGCGAACACUACUGAGCAUUGGGCCACGCGUGCCUUUCUGCAUGCCACAGUUCCCGGGGCCCCUCCCCAGGGCUGCAAGGGCCCUUGAGGUGGGGUCCCGGCGACCUGGAGUCUCCCCAGCUCCUGACAAACCCAGGGUACUCGGAUGGUACCUAAGUGCCAAGGGACGCUGCCCACCGCUGAAUCCCGGCUCACCGUCCAGGGAGCAGCUGGCAGGACCCUGUCUAGAGGCCAUGUCCCCACUGCUGUGCUAAAGCCCGAGUCGAGUCCCUCCAGCCCGGGCCCCCACGUCCCCACUGCUGUACGAGUGCCUCGGUUGACCUGUGUACGCCAAAACUGAAUAAACGCGGCACAGCUGGGCAGACAGCCCGC